GUGGAGCUUCACAUAAACACAGAGGGACACACAAUGCUCAGCUAGCUGGACCGCGGAGCAGGCUCAUAACUUCGUGUCAAUUACAGCCUUCUUUGUUAUUAUGCUGCAUUUUACUUCGUGAAUGUACGCCAACCACCACAGCCAAACAAUGAGAGGCAUCCUGAAGAGAAAGUUCACAGAGGUGGAUGACAAUCCCUGCUACUCCUCCUCCUCCUCUUCCUCCCCAGCCUCCUCAGAGUGGGAGUCAGACGGGGAGAGCAGCCCUGCUGAAAACAACCAGGGUGUCACGCCUUAUAGCCCGUCCUCGCCCUCCAGUUUACUCCUUCGGUCCAUCCUGAAGAGGCCGAGGCUUUCGGGCUCACAGAGUAAUGUGCGCUUCGACCAGGUGACGGUGUUCAGUUUCCCUCGAUGUCAGGGCUUCACCAGCGUGCCCAGCCGAGGAGGAGCCACCCUGGGCAUGGUGUGGAGACACAGCAGCCUCCAGAGGUACACAUUGUCAGAACACGCACUGGAGCAACGACACAGACGCAGAGAGAGGCUCAGAGAAAGACUGAGAGAGGAGAAGUUCGAGGCAAUGAAACACAAAUUGAUCAUCAGUGGAGCCAUCGACCAGAGAGGAGCAGACAGGCUUUCAAUGGAUCAGACUCUAUCUGAAGACACUGACAUCCAUAUCAGUGAUGCUGAGCUGGAGGAGGGAAGUUUCCUGCCGCCGUACUCCUCCAGACAGCGGCAGGCUCUUCUCCUGGCAGCAGGGGUGAAGCGUAUCGACCGUGAGGAGAAGAGGCAGCUUCACUCGCUCAGAGUCUCCAGAGAGGCCUGUGGAUGUGACUGUCAGGGCUUCUGUGAGCCCGAGACCUGCGCCUGCAGUCUGGCAGGAAUCAAGUGUCAGGUGGAUCGCUUUAACUUCCCGUGUGGCUGCAGUAAAGAUGGCUGUGGAAACAUUCAGGGACGUAUCGAGUUCAACUCCAGACGAGUGCAGACUCAUUACAUCCACACCGCAAUGAGACUCAAACUGGAGAGACGACUGCAGAAUGAAGCGCUAAGUCAGGACGGUGAGACGGGAUCUCAAGAGGACCCCAAGGAUCGUGUGGGCGAGGAUAAGAGCCAUCAGGAGCAGAGUGAAGAGGACAAGAGCUGCUGCCCCUUUGGCUUCAGUGUGGAGGAAGAUGGCCUCCCUCUCACCAUGCCAACAACUCCGUCUUUUCAUUUCAGCUCAGAGCGGUUGGCGGUGGAGGAGAACAGCUGCAGCAGCGACAUGACUGAAUCCUCUUUAUCCUCCUCGGACUCAGAUACAGGAGGGAGUCAGAGUCUCCCUGAAGUCGAUGCUGGGUUGUCUCGUUCCCUCAACAUCUGUGACUCUGAAAAUGAGAACUUCUCUCCGUGCAGCCAAACAGAAGAACCAGUGACGCAGCACAGCAGCACAUCACAGGCCGACACAUUCACAGAGAGUAAAAACAGGACUUCACUGACAGAUUACCUCGACGAGAACGCAAACCAGCCUAGAGACUCCUUCGACGACGACUCUCUUGAAGGCUUCCCCCGCACUCCCUCCCCCACUGUGGAUUAUUCCUCGGGCAUGUACAUGGACCUGAGUCUGUCAUCCGACUCUGACCUGGAGUUUUUUGACAGCGACUACACCUCCGGACCUCUGCACAGCUCUUUCAAAGCACACAGACACACAAACAGCUUCUACCCCCUCCAGCUGUUCAGCUCUGUUAACCUGCCACAGUACGAGUCAAGCACCUACCUCCUGGAGUCUCUGAUCGGCCUGACUGAGCCGAGCUCAGAGCAGACUGUCAGUUCUCAGCUUUUGUAGCUUUGUAAUGACAAAGAAAGAAACAGCACUGUGGAAACUCAGAUCUUACCAAAUGUUUUUGUCUAAUUUCUGAUUAGAAAUAUCUCAUUACACUUAAUGUAAGCCAUACUCAGCUGACGAGUCCAGAUAAACAUCUUAUUUUAAGAAAUAAAGCCUCAGCAAGAGGGCAAGGUUGGGGUUUGUGAAUCUAGAUUCACAGGUAAGUGCUCAUCUUAAGUGCUCAGUAAUACAAAAAAGGCAGCAAAUUUCCAAGUUAAGAGGAUGAAGCUCUAGGGAUGCACAAUAUUAGGUAUUUGACUACAUGCCAAUAUUUCCAAACUUAUUGUAGCUGAUACCGAUGUAUAGAGAACUUUCUUAUGGUAAAACCACCAAGUCCUUCCUGUAGUAGAAAUGCUGUGUGAUGGGAACUAAUUCUCCCAAUUAAAUAUCAGGUUUGCAUAGUGAUUCCCUUAGACCGUCCUGACAGAGUGCUUAAAAUAGCACAAUAAAAACGCAUUCUUUUGAAUUGCAAGAAAUUAAACCAGCUGUAGUUCAGACCUAAAACACCAAUCCUUAGAAUACACUAUGAAGGAUUAAAAAGGAAACAAAGUUUGUUUUAAACUGCACACAUUAAUUUGUAAAACAUGCUAUGUUUGGCCAAUAUAUUGGCUUUAAAUUACUCCAGAAAUUUUCUUAUCUGUUAGUGGGGCUAAAAUCUGCUGAUACAAAUAUGCUAAUAAUAUCAUCCCUACCUACAACACAAAAAGUUAAGUUAUGUUCUUUACUGUUAGCCAAGUAGACUAGUGAAAAGUCAGCGUUUGUUCCUCAUUACUUGGAAUUUGAGAAGUGCUACCUAUUUUGUAUUUUCAAGAAAUAAAGCCUUAAAGUGACGACUACAGUGAUAAAUAUAUUUCUGUCAGGAACAGUGUUGUCAUACAUUUUAGUGCAAAUGGGUAUAACUUGGCAGAGAAGGCUCUCCUCAAAAGAUACUCCCUGGGUUAGUCAUGCAGUAUGUUUUGACUCUCCAGGAAGCACUAGAAACGCUGUAUGAAUGGAUACAUUAAUGACAAUGCAUACUGAAUACAAUAGAAUCAGUUCCUAUGAAGGAGGAGGCUGGGGUGGAGGAGGUUAAGGUUCGCCAGCAGCAUAAAUGCAAGCAGGUAUUACUGAGAGUUACAUCAUAUUUGAAUACACCACUGUGAAAAAUGUGAUUAAUCAAAAUUAGUAAAAAAAUUUUGACAGCACGAUUUAUUAUCCAUGAAGCAAAAUUUCUAUUUCUAAAAAUAACUGCUCUGUGAUGCUGUGGGUGUUUCUUCUAAAUGUGCCAAAGCUACAGCCAGUUGUUGUUUUCAAAUUUUGGCAUCCAUGUAAAUAACAUUUGCAGAAUAAAUGCAUAUUUGGCUAGCAGCAGUAGUCUGUAUUGUUAAAACUUGAAAGAAUGUGCAAUCACCUGAUUACCGUAAGAUACAAAAGUGCUUUUUGUCUGUAAAGAAAAAAAGAUAUGCAGUAAAACUACAAACAAAAUCUCAUUUUGAAGCUCUGUCCCUUUUACUAACCUGGUGUUGCCAUAUGUUUUGAUUAAGUUUAAAACUGACACAUUUAAAACUGUAGUUGUGAUCAGUGUUCACCUUAAGAUGCAAAAUUGCUUUUAUAUCAUUCUAGUGCUAAGGGGAUGGGAUUUUGCCAACGACAGUGAAUCCUCAAACCCCCUAUUUAAAAGAUUCUGAAUCUAAAAGAGAUCCUGUCAAGAAAAUUCAGUCAUAGCUCUCAGUUUUGAUACUUGUUUGCAGCAGCUUUUAACCAUUAUUUUCAAGAACAUUUUUAAAUUUUCUUUACAAGACAUUGAUUACUUAAAAUGAAUAACACUGUUAAUGAAGCAGGCAAAAAAUGUUCCUGCCCUUUUCUCAACACAAGAAAAUUAGGCUUUAGUUUUGCUUAUAAUACCUUGAAAUAUCAUGAUUAUCUGGACUUUUCCCAUGGCUCAUAUUAAAUGAAAUGAGCUAUUUAUUUGACCGGAAAUGUCACAAAUGUAAGUGGUAAUGUGCGAUUUUUUUUUCCAGUGUGUUUUAAAGAUUUUAAUGUAUGAAGCACUGUAUGUAUUUGUAAGAGAAUUUCAAUGUACAAAGAAUGAUUGAUGAAAUAUUUUUCUGAGCUGGAUAUUUUUUUCUAUUGCCUAAAAUGAUUUUGCCUUUAUUUCAAAGAAACUACACUUGAGGAAAUAAUAUAUUUUUUUUGUUUUAUAUCCCUGAGCCUAAAUAACGAUUUUUGAAAUGUUAUUUAAUUCUUGUACCACGGCCACAAAGACAACAUGGAUUGGACAGAAGGCACAAAUUAUUUCUAAAGAGCUUUCUAAAGAAGGACGAAGCCUUUACUUGUUUACUUGAUUAAACUUGUGGUUCAGAAGAACACAAUGGUAGAGGCAGUACGUUUAACUUGUAUGAAGUUUUGUCGGAGAUAUCAACAUUAACGUCCUUGUUUCUGCCUGAUGGCCGUGGUAUAAGAGCGAUAAUCCACUUUAACUGCCUGGCUUAUUUUGGACUUUCCAAAAUCAGCCCAACAAGAUGUUUAUAAGAACUCUAUACUGGAUUUGACAAAUAAAUCAUUUUUAUUUAUUUCUA